AUGGGGUCUGUUGACACCAAAUUACGGAAGGCAGUUGAGGUGGUGGAUGAGCCCUUUAUUACUGGUGUGGAAGUAGAUUUUGAUUCUGUUAUAUCUCCAGUCCAUUCUUUGUUAUUGAAGGCAGUUGAAAUGCCGGUUGAGCCACAGUUAAUAGCUAUAUCCCCUGUGAGACAAAAUCGUGUUGAAAAGGGAGGAAAUUACUGUUGGAGUUUGCGAUGCAACAACAAAUCGUGGAUGAGGUUUGACCCAAGAGCAAAGCUAGGAGAGAUUGUGAGUGGAAGAAGAAGAUAUGAUGAUGAUGGUUUUCUUGACCUUAUUGAGUGUGCCUGGACGACGUGGAACAAAGGAAAAGCAUUAGAAUUUUUAGAUAAAUCAAUGAAGGGUGAGUUUCCAGCAGAUGAAGCAUUAAGAUGUAUCCAAAUUGGACUUUUAUGUGUCCAAGAACAACCAGGUGAUCGACCAACAAUGCAAUCAGUGCUUGAGAUGUUGGAAGGAGAAGUUCCGUCAUUGCCACUACCGUUACCACCUCCAUAUGUUGAAAAUGAAACAUAUCCUAGUUUGAAGACGAGCACUCACAUCGACUCCACCAAUGAGGUAACUAUUACAGACAAAGGAGAAAUUGAUCAGCUUGUUGCUCCAAGUCUGAGGGCUCAAAUAUCACCAGAGAGCCUGAUGACAUUUCUAGAAGUUGCUAAAAGAUGCUUGCAUGAUGAUCCAAACAAACGGCCUACAAUGGCUCAAGUUGUGGUACAACUUGAAUCUGCACUGGAGCAGCAGGAAAGCUCAAAAUCUUCUGCUCCAGAGAUAACUUGUUCUGAUAGUGUCGUGCCUUGUGCUGGGGAAACUCUCCAUUCAAUUAGCUCUGAGAUAGAAAAAAUGUCCUCUGUGGAUGAGCAGCAUAUGCCAAUCUCUCUGAUUGAAAGAAGCAAAAUGGUUCAGAAUGCUGAGCCAUCAGGCAGAGGAGCACAAGUGUAUAAGAGAAACAUAAAUGCUUAUAAGCNUGAAAGAAGCAAAAUGGUUCAGAAUGCUGAGCCAUCAGGCAGAGGAGCACAAGUGUAUAACAGAAACAUAAAUGCUUAUAAGCUACCACGAUUUUGGCCCUGGAAUGCAUUAUGGAAAAGGGCAAACAUAACAAAGAAAAACCACUUAUCAAUACCAGGUAGUGUAAUGACUGCAUACAAAUUUGAUAAUAACCCCAUAACUGGAAGUGAUUUCAAAUGGUUGUCUCAGCAACUCACCCUAAGCUCAAUAAGAUGCUAUAGACGUGGUUUAACAUAUUAUGUAUUCUUCUUUUUUGGUCUUUUAUCCGUUUAG